AUGGUCGUCGCGCAGCGCCGGCUCGCGUUCCUCGUCGCCGCCGCGGCGUCCGCGGUGGAGCAGCCGCUCCUGCUGUGCAGCCCCGGCGGGCGCGACGGCUUCGGGUCCCAGUACUUCCACCACAUGGCCGUCUUCGGCGCCUGCGCCGCCCACGGCGACUGCUGCUACGUGCACUCGUCGUUCCAGACGCUGGCCCACGGCGCGGACCCGCGCCGCGCCGAGGCGUUCACGGGCCUGCGGUCCGGCGACGCCUGCCGCCACCUGCUGUCGUCGCCGCGGCGCGACGAGACCCUGCCGCCGGACCCCGAGGGCGCGUCCAUCGGCUGCAGCAACGGGCGGCUGCGGCGCGAGGGCGCGACGGCGGGCUGGCGGUUGUCGACCAUCGAGUGGCCGCGGCCGGCGCCCAAGUACAGCCUCUGGACCUUCCUGCACAACGCGACGACGCGCGGGGCGCUCCGCCGGCUCUACGACGCCGCGCCGAAAGUCGGCUUCCCCGCGCCGCCGGACUGCGCCGUGCGCAUCCACGCGCGCCGCGGGGACCACGUCGUCGCCGGCGGCGCCGCGGGCCACAAGGAGACGAACGCGACGCUGCUCUGCGUCGUCGACGCGGCGCUGCGGCGCGCGCCGGGCGCGACGGUCUGCGUCUACAGCGAGGGCCGGCCGGAGGACUUCGGGCCCGCGCUCGCGACGCACCCGCGCGUCCACUGGCGCCUCGGCGGCGACCCGUUGCACACCUUCCACGAGCUCGUCACGGCGCCGACGCUCUUCGUCGCGGCCAAGUCGACCUUCUCCGCCGCCGCGGCCGUGUUGAACGAGGGCGAGCUCCUCUACGCGCCCCUCAAGGCCUACGCCGUCCACCAGGCGAAGCAGGAGCACUACAACCCCCUCGCGGCCUGCUUCGGCCUCGCCUGCGCCUGCGUCGCCGACGCCGAGAGGCGGUCCUGGUCCCGCGCGGCGUCGGAGUGCUGCGCGGACCCGCGGCCCGCGUACGCGCGCGGGCCCCGGGGCCUCCCGGGCCAGCUCGGCCUGUCCGACUUCCGCUUUAGGCUGCUCAACUAG